CGGGGCUGAGCCGCAGCUGGAGGCCCGCGGGAUGCUGCGCUCCACGUCCACCGUCACCCUGCUCUCUGGCGGCGGCGCCAAGGCGCCAGGGACGCCCGGCCGGAGGGCAAAUGUCUGCAGACUUCGGCUGACCGUCCCUCCUGAGGAUCCCGUUCCUGAGAAAAGUGAGAAGAAGAUUGAGAGGAAAGAUCAGCCUCCUGACCUCAGCAAUGAAGAUCAGACCAGGAAACUUCCUCAGGGUGUUGUCUAUGGUGUGGUGCGAAGAUCAGACCAAAACCAACAGAAAGAAAUGGUGGUGUACGGGUGGUCCACCAAUCAGCUGAAAGAAGAGAUGAACUACAUCAAAGAUGUGAGAGCCACUUUGGAGAAAGUAAGGAAGCGAAUGUAUGGAGACUAUGAUGAAAUGAAGCAGAAGAUUCGCCAACUCACCCAGGAGCUGUCGGUCUCACAGGCUCAGCAGAACUAUCUAGAGCAUCACAUCCAAGCCCAGUCAUCAGCCCUGGACAGUUUCAAUUCAAUGAACUCAACAUUGGCCUCAGAUUCUGUGAGCCUGCAGAAAACCCUCGUGGACGUCACGCUGGCCAACAGCGACAUUAAGGACCAGAUCAGAAACCUGCAGCAGACGUACGAGGCCUCCAUGGACAAGCUGCGGGAGAAGCAGCGGCAGCUGGACGUGGCCCAAGUUGAAAACCAGCUGCUGAAGAUGAAGGUGGAGUCCUCCCAGGCAGCCAAUGCCGAGGUGCUUCGGGAGAUGGCCCGGAAGCUGUACAGUCAGUACGAGGAGAAGCUGCAAGAGGAACAGCAGAAACACAGGGCUGAGAAGGAGGCCCUCCUGGAGGAAACCAACAGUUUUCUCAAAGUGAUUGAGGAAGCCAAUAAGAAGAUGCAGGCGGCAGAGAUCAGCCUAAAGGAGAAAGAUCAGCGAAUCGGGGAGCUGGACAGGUUGAUUGAGUGCAUGGAAAAGGAGCGCCAUCAGUUGCAGCUCCAGCUAGUGGAGCAUGAGACAGAACUGUCGGGGGAGGUCGCGGAUUCCGACAAGGAGAGGUAUCAGCAGCUGGAGGAGGCAUCUGCCAGCCUCCGGGAGCGGAUCCGACACCUGGAUGACAUGGUGCACUGCCAGCAGAAGAAGGUCAAGCAGAUGGUGGAGGAGAUUGAAUCACUGAAGAAAAAAGUGCAACAGAAGCAGCUCUUAAUAUUGCAGCUUUUAGAAAAGAUAUCGUUCUUAGAAGGAGAGAAUAAUGAGCUACAGAGCAGACUGGACUACUUAAUGGAAACGCAGUCAAAGACUGAAGUGGAAACGAGAGAGAUUGGAGUGGGCUGUGAUCUUCUACCCAGCCAAGAAGAGAGGACUCGGGACAUCGCAGUGCCUUCCAGGAGCUACACUCCAUACACAAGAGUCUUGGAGUUAACCGCCAAGAAAAAUCUGACUUAAGCACUCAGACACUACCCUUUUGACAGGCCUUGGUGCCCUACGACUUGCAACCUGGAGUGACUGUUACUUUGUCCUGGACACAGUUUAAGUCAGAAUGGACAUGGCAGAGGUCAGAAUCCAUUUCUAAAACAAGAAGGAGAAGGAGGGCUGGGAGAGGGGCUCCUAAGGGCUGAUUUCAAACACCCACCAGCUAACCCUGCUGUACUGGGCCAAGGUUCAUUUUCCAUGAUUCCCUCAUGAUCAAUUUUCUAUUUAGACUUUGGUUGGGAGGAGAAAGGGCAUUACUUUGAAAUCUCACGUGAUUCACACCAGGAUCUUUUAUUACCGCAUAAAGGUGUGGUUUACCUAUGAAAGUAUUAGAGACAGCGUUUCUCUGGUGCUGAGUGGCUAGCCCAUGGUAACACUGGUACCUGGGAGACUUGAACCUGGGCAGAAGGAGCAGCCGUCUCCUCCUGGUCACGAGCUGGUGUGGGAACCACAACCGCCUCAAUCUGACAUGCUAAGCCUUUGGUUUAGUUUGUGCCUUAUACCUUUACUGACUGGGUCUCCUGAAAUCACUGUAUUUAUUCAACCUGUGAUUCCCCCCCCCCCUUUCUCACUUUAACUGAAGGAAUUUUAUAUAUUGUGGAAAUUUAAUCAUGUAAUAUUUUCGGUAACAUAAUCUGUAUUUUUGUGAAAUGAAUGAGUAAUUUGUUCAUGCAUGCUCGACUUUGGUAUUAUAAUUGGUGUCACAUGUGUUUAAUAAAUGCCAUAUAUUUUGUUCUA